ACCGUGGAACACUGGUUCUGGGGAAGAAGGGAGGUGUCCGGGCUCGGAGGCUGCGGUGGGCCUCGCGGUGAGCUGGGCUCCGACUCGCCCCGCGUGGGGAACGCGAGCCUCAGCCGGGCCCGGAUUGACCCGCGGAGCGGCUGGUCCUGUCAUGGCGGACUACUGGAAGUCCCAACCAAAGAAAUUCUGUGAUUACUGCAAGUGCUGGAUAGCGGACAAUAGGCCUAGCAUUGAAUUUCAUGAAAGAGGAAAGAAUCAUAAGGAAAAUGUGGCAAAGAGGAUCAGUGAGAUUAAACAGAAAAGCCUGGAUAAGGCAAAGGAAGAAGAAAAGUUAUCAAAGGAGUUUGCUGCAAUGGAGGCAGCUGCCCUGAAAGCAUACCAAGAGGAUUUGAAAAGGCUUGGGUUAGAGUCAGAAAUUUCAGAUCCAAGCGUGUCACCAGUAACCAGCACUAUCCCACCCACCUCUGCAUCAAAUCAGCAGAAAGAAAAGAAGAAAAAGAAAAAAGACCCUUCAAAGGGCAGAUGGGUAGAAGGCAUAACCUCUGAGGGUUACCAUUACUAUUAUGAUCUUAUCACAGGAGCAUCUCAGUGGGAGAAACCUGAAGGAUUUCAAGGAAACUUAAAAAAGACGGCAGUGAAGACCGUUUGGGUAGAAGGUUUAAGUGAAAAUGGCUAUACCUAUUAUUAUAAUACAGAAACAGGGGAAUCCAGAUGGGAAAAACCUGAUGAUUUCAUUCCACACUCUGGCGAUCUGCUUUCUAGUAAAGUCAAUGAAAAGUCACUUGGCACCCUAGAAGAGUCCAAACCAUCAGAUUCACAUAGUGCUUCUGAUGGGGAACAAGAAGCAGAAAAGGGAGGAAAAAAAGGAGAGGUCUCUACAGAAGCGCAAAAGCUGAAAAUAAAGUUUAAGGAAAAAAAUAAAAAUAGUGAUAAAGGAACUGAACCAGAAACACAGAAAGAAAAAAAUACCCAAGGGAAGAAUUCAUCAGGUCCAAAUGAAGAAAAACCCAAAGCUCAUAAAAAAUCAAACCCAUAUGGAGAAUGGCAAGAAAUUAAACAAGAGGUUGAGUCCCAUGAGGAGGUAGAUUUGGAACUUCCAAGCACUGAAAAUGAAUAUGUAUCAACUUCAGAGGCUGAUGUUGGUGGGGAACCCAAAGUGGUUUUUAAAGAAAAAACAGUCACUUCUCUUGGAGUCGUGGCAGAUGGAGUGGCCCCAGUCUUCAAAAAGAGAAGAAUUGAAAAUGGAAAAUCUAGAAAUUUAAGGCAACGAGGUGAUGAUCAAUAACUGUAAAAAAAGCUUCUUGUAUGGGCUUUUUGGACAGAAUGGAGACUAUACAUCUUAAACGCUCCUCUCUGUUUAUUUUACAGUACUUAAAUGCUAAAAAUUUAGACUUAUUCUAAAUGUAAAAUAAAUCUUUUUUCAUGUGAAAUUGAUUUUUGUUCCUAAAAUGGAAGCCUACCACAUCGCAUUGUAAUACAGUGUAUUAUGUUCAGUGUCUAAAAGUUGCUAAUUAUGUCAUAAGAUGCUAUGUAUCUGUUAUUUAAAACAUGGACAAGAAAGGCCUCUAUUCCAUUCUUACUCAUAUGAACAUACUUGUACUGCACUGAAAAUGCAUUACUUUUGCAUGUGGACAUUAUCCAAGAAAUAAUAAUUAGACCACAUAAGAGAAGAUUCACAGCCCGUGAUGAGUCAGUCCUGAGGAUCCUGUCAGAAGAACUGAUUUAGAAAGUGUAUGCAUAUGGGCUUACUUUAUUCAGUUUAACGUCAAGGGCCAAGAACCAGGACUGCAGCUCAGGUCGUGCUUAAUAUGGAACGAAAAUCGAACCAGAGGUAGAAGGGUGUAUCAUCUGCCUGGUUCAGUGCAAAGCAACAACCACUGCUUAAGCAUUUUCACCGUGAGCCAGGCACUGUGCUAGGCACUGGAGAUGUAAAGGUGAGCAAGACAUACCUCUGUUCUUCACGACUUCUCAUUCUGACGGAGUCCUUUUUUCCCGUCAUGUACUCUGUGUAGCGGCCUUAUAUGUACUGGAAAAUAUUUUUUAGGGUUUAUUUGAAACUGUGUAGAUGAAGUCUUGAACAAAAAUAGCAAGGUCUCUGACUUCAGUAAAAGGUUUUGGUGUUCCUUUAGACAAAGUGGAAAUUUCCCAUUUCCUGGUGAAAUUUCUUAAAAAGUGGCAUUUUCUUAUUUAAUCCAUUUGAAGUAGGUACCUUCCCUUUAUUAUUCCAAAUUCUUAAAAUUAUAUUUUUUAUAAAUUGUACAGUAGUUAACAUUUGGUAGUAUUUGUCUUUUUAAGGUUACUAGUGUACAUGUAAGAAAAUUAUAGCUUAUUAAAAACUUUAUGAAAGAGUAAAUUAAAUAUUGUUAUUUUUUUUCUUCUAAUACUGAUCAGCGUCAACUUAGCAUUGCUGAGAUAGAUAGUAUUUGGAGACUUGUCUUUAUAUUUGUUCAGUAUACUUACUUGGCUAUUUCAUGAAUGUAUAGUGUUAUAGAGAAGUAUUUUACAUUCUCCAAGCCCAUUUGUCAUCUAGCUAAUAAGCAGUGCAUUUUGGUGCUUGACUCUCCUCAAUUGGAAAAGAAAAUAAGAUAUAAAUGGAGUACUGCUAUAUUUUACCCACAUAUUUAGCUCAUACAAAAUAAACAAAUUUGAGGACAUUUUUAAAACCACACCUCAUUAUGUAAAGUGUUUCUCUUUGAUGCAUUCUUUAAAUUAUCUCCUUUACCUUUGUAACAAGGCAGUAUUCUCAGAAGUUUAAAGGCAAUUCACCUUAAACUGAAACUGGUUUUAAGGAUUGCUCAGAAAAGACUCUUGACAAACACAAAAAUUUUAGUAAAUCAAAUCAUGAAAAAUAAUACUUUUCUAUUUGCUUUGAAAGAAUAAGUAGAGAAUAUACCAGCUUCAAUUACUGGAUUUUUGCAGAAGUUAAAUAUUUGAUAUCAUGUCUACCAUUACCUUUCUAUUAUAUUGUUUUGCCUGUAUUUCUUUUUGUAUAGUUGUUAGGAGAUUAUCAAGUCACUGUAUUUUUAUUAUAUAUAAAAAAAUCUAAACAGUAGAGAAAUAAGUGUUUAAAAAAAAGUCCCAGUAAUCUCUGACCCCUCCCCCAUGGCCACUGUGGGGUUUUGUUUUGUUUUGUUUUGUUUUUGUUUUUUUUCACUAAGCAUGUUAAUAUUGUGGGUAUAUGUGGAUAACCCUUAUGACACCUGGAUCUAUGAGUUCUGCUUUCUGGAUGAAAUCGUAUUCAAAGAAGCAUAAUCCAAACAGUCAAAAGUAGUUUUUGUUUUUUAAUGCAAUUUUUAUAAAUUCUGAAAACUGUACUGGGGGAAACAACCAGAUUUGUAAGUAUUGAAAAACUGUAAUAAUUAAAAUAGUAUGGUACUUGCUCACGCGUACAUAAACUAGA